AUAUUAGUCACUGUAAACUGUUACUUACAAAUUUCUUACAGGUUUGCAGAUUGUGUUCAACUUAGAUGAAGUUAGUUUUAUCCAAAACCUGGUCUUCUACAUAGAGUCUGCAUAUUGCAUUCCUGAUUAUGGAAUCUGGGAGAGAGGAGACAAGACUAAUCAUGGGCUGCCAGAACUAAAUGCUUCAAGCAUUGGUCUCGCCAAGGCAGCUUUAGAGGCAAUGAAUGAAUUGGACCUGUUUGGGGCAAGAGGAGGCCCGGCUAGUGUCAUCCAUGUGCUUGCUGAUGAGGCCCAGAAGUGCCAGGCUGUGUUGCAGUCUAUGCUGCCACGUGAGAGUAAUAGCAAGGAGGUUGACAGCAGCCUUCUGGCAGUCAUCAGCUUCCCUUCCUUUGCUGUGGAUGACCCAAUGCUCAUCAAGCUAACGAGGGACACCAUUCAGGACAAGCUACAGGGACGUUAUGGAUGCAAGAGGUUCCUCAGGGAUGGCUACAAGACAGCCAAGGAGGAUCCCAGCAGACUGUAUUAUGAACCUUGGGAGCUGAAAAGGUUUGAGAAGAUUGAAUGUGAGUGGCCUCUCUUCUACUGCUAUCUCAUUCUAGACUAUUGCUUCCAAAAUGACAAAGAGGCUGUUAAGGAGUAUGCUGAAAUGCUGGAGGAGCUGUUAGUGACCACCGAAGACGGCCUAAGACUCGUACCCGAGAUCUACACGGUCCCAGCAGAGAAUGUGGAGCAGGAGUACAAGGAACCAGGUUCUCAGGAUCGUGUGGCUGUUGGCAAGCUGCCCUUCAUGUGGGCCCAGAGCCUUUUCAUCAUGGGGCGACUCUUGCAAGAUAACUUCUUGGCCUGUGGUGAGCUUGAUCCCCUCAACCGUCGUCUGGGCUCGGAGAAGAAGCCAGACGUAGUGGUGCAGGUGGUGGUUCUGGCGGAAGACUCUAGCAUCCAGGCCAAACUGCAAGCGCUGGACAUCCCUGUGCAGACGAUUGCCGAAGUAUCACCCAUUGAAGUGCAGCCGGCAAGAGUUUUGUCAAAACUUUAUGCUCAUCUAGGUCGUAACCAGAAGCUGGGUCUGUCUGGUCGUCAAAGCCGUGAUGUCGGUAUCCUUUCAACAAGCAAAUUGUAUUCCCUUCAAGAUAGAAUAUUUGCAUUUACUCCUCAGAGUGUGGACACAGAGGAGUGGUACGCCAUGCAUGAUAUAAACCUGCUGUGCUAUUACCUGAAGUCACAUGUUGCCUUCCUGAAAGAGACUUGGUUCAGCUCCAUGCUUGGCAGACCUACCAUUACCUACCUUGUCCAGUCUUUCAUGCUAGAGGAUGGCAAGAUCCCAACAGCAAUGGUGUCCACCCUGAAGAAGAUUAAGAGUGGAUACAUCAAUGGAACCAGAGUGGCCCUUGGCAAGAUGCAGGAGUUCCUCAACACAUCCUGCAUCACGAGCCUCAAUUUCCUUCAUGAUAAUGAGAAUGGCUACCCUGACAGUCUGAAACCAGAAGUAAAGGACUACCUGGAGAAGCAGAUGCGAGGGUCCCUGUCUUGGAGGAGGGCCGACCUUGUCCGCAUGUCUUCAAGGUUUGGUGAGAAGAAAUCCAUUAGGGACCCUUCUGCCCGGCGCAGGUUCUCCGUCAAGGGAACCAUCCGUAAAUCCCGUACUCUGCUCGUUGAUGAUGAGAAAGCAAGUGCUAUAACCAAGGAGAGGCAGAAGCUGGAAACUGUAGAAGCAAAUGUUCCUUCCCGAAGAAGAUCCGGACUAGAUCAUAUUUUCUACUAUGGUGAAGCGUAUGGGCCUACAUUGGGACUGACACUAGAAGUACCAUCGCAAGGUUCCUCCCGACGAGAGUCAACAGUGACCUCCCCAACGGGCGAGCAGGGACCCCCUAUUUUGGAGGUGUCCUGCCCCGCUACACCAACACGAGUCACGCCUCCCCUCUCGUCCCGCUCGCGAUCGCCGUCGCCCGAGAAGGAGGAGCUCUGGGAGUCCAUGGUCAGGCACAGGGUUGCAUCAGAUGCUGUGUACGAGAACGUUGAGUUUGAGGAGUUGCUCCUGCAGAUGCGAGAAGCUGAGUCACUUGAGGAGCAGGGAGAUAUUCUGCACUAUCUGGUUGUACAGUUUGGGUUGAAUUAUGAGACUGGCUCAGUGAUUGAAGGACAACCUGUCAUUGUUAAGGAUCUUCUGAAGGAUCUCUAUGAAAGAGCAUGCCAUGACAAGAACUGGGCUCUUGUCAGGCAUACUGCUGGAAUGCUGGGCAAGAGGGUAGAGGACCUGGCCAAGGCAGUCACAGAUUUAUUAGUGCGUCAGAAGCAGGUGACAGUUGGUCUCCCUCCCCUCCACGAGGUGACCAUCACGGCCCCACUGCCAGCAUCUGAACUACGGGUACUCAUUCACAAUGCAUACGGAGCAGACGAGUCCACUGCCAUGUUGACGCAGGAGUUGUUGGUGUAUCUUGCCAUGUUCAUCCGCACAGAGCCAAGUCUUUUCCAUGAAAUGCUAAGGCUCAGGGUUGGCCUCAUCAUACAGGUUAUGGCUUCCGAGUUGGCCCGCACCAUCAAGUGUGAGGCAGACAUAGCUUCCGACCAUCUGCUGAACCUGUCGCCUUUUGAGAUGAAGAACCUUCUCCAUCACAUCAUGUCAGGGAAGGAGUUUAACAUUGGAUCAGCUCGUAGUGGCACCUUCUUCAUCAGCAGCAAGUCGACCAAACUUAGCAAGAAAGGGUUGCAUGCUGAGAAGAAGAGCACAAUCGGGAGCUUCCUGGGAACGACAGUCGAGGGAGAGGCCAGAGACCUUGAGGCAGACCGCCAUGGCCAGUGGCUCAGGCGCAGGAGGCUGGACGGGGCGCUCAACCGAGUGCCACUCAAUUUCUACCCAAGGAUCUGGAAGAUUCUAGAGAAGUGUCAGGGCAUUAACAUUGAAGGCAAAGUUAUCCCACAGAGUCUCACUCAGGAGAUGACAGCAGGAGAACUGAAGUUUGCCUUAGAGGUGGAGACUGUGCUCAACACCAUUCCUCAACCUGAGUACCGUCAGCUGGUUGUGGAGGCAUUGAUGGUGUUAUCACUUGUCCGGGAGUACCACCAGACAGGCUGGCUUGGGGACAUUGUAUCAGCUCAGGACAUUGUCCAUCUAGCAAACAAUAUUUUCCUACAGGACCAGAAACAAGAAGGGGGCGAUGCAACGACCUGCUGUGCAAGGGAUAAGAAAGAACCAGGUAUUGGAGGUGGCUUGACAUGUGGAGGAGCUGCCUACAUCUGCAUCCACUUUUAUGACAGCGCUCCAUCUGGCAAGUUUGGCACUAUGUCAUACAUGAUUCGAGCAGUUUGUUGCAACCUGAAUUGCUUCCCACAAGAUGGUGAGAUGGACUGCACAGUCAGUUGAGCCAGUUCAAUAAGAGCAACAAAAGUAAUAAGAGUAAUUAUGCAGUUACUGUAGUCAAAUAUAUAGUGGGUGAAAUUUUAUUUCAAUGUAAUUCCCAUGAAUUUGUAAUGCUCUCUUUAUUAUCAGUUGUGCAAGUUUAAAUGCUAAAAUCAGGAAGUUAAAGACAAUUAAUUUCUCAGUACAAAAGAUGGUGCAUAAGCAUUUUCCUUUAUCUUUUUUAUAAAGCAACAACAGUGCAUGGCAGUGCCAGCUACUGCCUUGACAAAGCCUUGCACUUCUGAAGAAUUACAUUGCCACUGAAAUUGUUUGUGGAAAUCCUUUAGAGUUGUUCAAGGCGUGUGAAUCCAUUGUUAUUUCUCCUAUGGUGACGUUGACCAUUUCUGUUAAUAUCAGUUAUGUUCGACUAAAUGAAACUAUAAUCUCAUUCGUAGUGCCAUAAAAUAUCAGAGAUGAGUUUGCUCUAACUGUGCAAACUAUUUCUUUGCAAAAGUUGGUAUGUUAAUUAAACCCUUUUAUUGCUUCAUUUGACAUUUGAUGUGUCCACAGCUUGUCAUAUAUAGUCAUUUUUUUUCCCCAUUUCCUCAUAUUCAAAAUGUAUAACAACACUUAUUCACCAGUUCUUUUAUGUGAUUGCAUAUCCAUGAAAGUCAUUUUACUUUCUACACAGGACAUAUCAUUUCACUUACACUCCAGAUUUGUUCAUCUCGGCCUCUGAUUCUGAUUUAGGUCUCAUGUAGUUGUAUCCUUUUGUUUCCCCUUUUUGACACUGUUGAAUUAAGUGCCAUUAUUUUAUGCAAAGUUUGAGUGUGAUCCUGUUGUAUGUACCAGGACGGCAAGUUACAAAACUUACCACAUGUGUUCCAAAUAUACAAAUAAGGUGCAAAUAUGAAUUGGUAAUGUUCAUUUUACAUAUUUAUACAUUAUAUAUACAUAUAUAUUUAUGUGUUUCUGUAGCCACAUGAACUUCAUAUUUGAAAAUAUUGUAUCUAACAAGGCCAGUCAUUACCAUAUAUGUAAGCUCUUAAAGUCUUUAACAAUGUCACCAGUGGUCAGAAGCUCAAAAGAUAUCUUUGGCAUGUUCUCAUUACUCACAUAUGCUGAAAAUCUACAUGAAGUACUUGUUGUGGAAUAUUCAGUAAAAGUAAACCAUGGACUGUAACUUCAUAUAGCACAUUGUAAACAUCUGAAGACUUCAAACUAUGAACGAGUGGUUUUGUUAACAUUCAUUUUAAUUGUUACUGAAGAAUAUGAUCACUUCAUGUACAUUUUAUUCAUUUGAUUAAACCAAAGAAAUAUAACAUCACUGUUAAAUAAGACACUGGUGCACAUGAUAAUAAUAGUAAUGAAAAGACAUUUCUUUUGAUAUUUAUACUUUUUAUAACAGAGAAUGUACACAAAUCAAAUAUAUACUUAUGACGAAAGCUAUGAUCUUACUAAAAUUAAUUUUGUUUCCCAAAAAUUCAUCAUUAUCUUUUAUGUAAAGAAAAAGUAAUUUGAACUAUGAAAAUACAAUUUCUCAUAUAUUAUCUGGAUUAAAUAGCAAAACAAAUCAAAGGCAGAUGUGCACAAUUAUACACAUUAAUGGUUGUUUUUAGAGACAAAUGUCGUAGUCGUAAUCAGUUAGCAGAGAUCAUUUUUAGAUUCUCAAAUUAUUUAUUUGCCACAUAUGGAGUUUUUGUAGAGUUUAGGUACUAUAUUUUUCUGUCAGAAUGACACUAUGGUUAUAAUCUUUAUCUCUCAUUUUGCUUUUAUAGAAUAUUGUCAUCUGUUGAAUCUGUAAAUGUAUCGAUUUAAAUCUGUAAUUUGAUAUUUUGUUAUUAUGAGAGUGACCUUAUUAGCUUGCUUUGAAUACUUUACCUGUGUCCAUAAUUUCUAUGCGAGAUUUAUUAUAAUUGAUGUUUUGUAAAGUAUUGAAAGUUAUAUUAUAUAUCCCUGUGAUUUAUAGUGAUGUAUAAGUGAAAUUAUAUGCUUAGAUAAUUAAACAAAUAAUAAAAUACAAAAAAAGAUGGUCUACAGCAUCUGUUACAGAUGCCUCUUGUCAUUGAUUGCAAAUUGAAAAUGGAACUCCAGUUAAUUUUGAAAUCCAAAGGAAAGAAGUACCGCAGACAGCUGACUACCUCUGUCAUGUAUUGUAUGAGUACUAGUCCUUAGGUCCUUAGGAGUGGUCUCUUAGCCAGUUUCAAAAGAGCAGUUACUUUAUUUUGGACUCGGUUAUUAAUAUUUUGGGCGCUUAUUACAUUUCUCAAAAAUAAGUUCCUAGAUCCAGCAGUCCUUGCCUUCUUAAUGCUGAUGCUUGACUACAAAGUAUAUAGAUCAAAUGCCUUUAUUUAUGAAAAGCAGUUCACUGCAUUAUACUGUGCACACUUUACAUACUGUUGUAAAGAGAAAAUUAAACAUUCAGUGAAAAGACCCGUGAUUGAGGGGCAAGCUGGGCCUAAGAAGGGGUAGGAAGAGAUCAUGAAAUCAGUAUUGAAUUUUUCAUUGUGUAAAUUUUCACGGAAUAGGACAUCAUUGAAACAAGUUAAAGCUUGAUAUAUAAUGCUAUCAACUAUCACUUAUUUUUAUUAUUAUUAUCAUUAUUAAGCUUUCUCUAUUUUUGAGGAGUCUAAAUAGAAAAGGUUCUUAUAGGUAAUAGAUUGUUGAGGUGUUCCAUAUUAGGUCAAGAAAAUUAGCUGCUUCCCGUGCUGUGCAUUGCCAGUAGGGCAUUUAAUUAUCCCUAUGUGAUAAGGCUUUCAUGAAUAAUAAAAAAUAUCUAAAAAAGAAAA